UGAACCACUGGAUUCCGGUAGACCUGACAUUCAGGAGUUUUGCCAGCUUAGUGCAAAGUCCACAUUAUAACCUUGCCUCAGCAAUUUCUGGAGAAGAUAUACCAAAAUGUAUUCUGGUAAGACCCUGCUGAGCUGACUGCAUCAGAGGGAGAUUACGUCUUCUGAAAGUUUGCUGCUCUUCAUUUGUUUCUCAGAAUAUAUGUGAAUAUUCGUUGGAGACAGCUUUCCAGGUGAGGACUCAUCUUGAAAAAGGGUAAGGUGUCCUUCAAAAUGUUCUCAUUGCAAGGUGCCAAGAUGCUGCAGAUGCUGGAGAAAUCCUUGCAGAAUAGCCUUCCUGAAUCCUUAAAGGUUUAUGGGACCGUCUUCCACAUAAAUCAGGGAAACCCAUUCAAGCUAAAGGUGCUGGUGGACAAGUGGCCUGAUUUUAAUACAGUGGUUGUCCGACCUCAGGAGCAGGUGAACGGAUCUGUCUCGCGAGCGCGCUUCCCCGCGGCGAUCCCGGGUGCGGAUAUGACAGACAAUCUUGAUCACUACACCAAUACUUACCAUAUCUACUCCAAGGACACCGAGAGCUGUCAGAAACUCCUUGGAUCAACAGAAGUCAUCAAUUGGAAACAACAUUUGCAGAUCCAAAGUUCACAACCCUCCCUGAACGAGGUGAUACAAAAUCUUGCAGCCAGUAAAUCCUUCCAAGUCAAGCACAAACAAUGCUUUCUCUUUAUGGCACCUGAGACAGUAAAGAAACUGGUUCCUUCCCUUCUGGAUGAAAAGAAUUUAUCACCCAACAGCAGCAAACACAAAGACAUCAACCAUGAGAUGUUUAAACUCUCAUCCCUGGAUGUCACUCAUGCUGCCUUGGUGAAUAAGUUUUGGUCUUUUGGUGGGAAUGAGAGGAGCCAGAGAUUCAUCGAGCGCUGUAUCCGGAACUUCCCCUCCUUCUGCCUGCUGGGCCCCGAGGGGACCCCUGUGACCUGGAACCUGAUGGACCAGACUGGAGAAAUGCGGAUGGCAGGCACCUUGCCCGAGUACCGGGCACAGGGCCUCAUCUCCCAUGUCGCCCAUACCCAGACCCAGGUUAUGGUCAAAACUGGCUUCCCCAUCUAUUCUCAUGUAGACAAGAGCAACAAAAUUAUGCAAAAACUGAGUCACACUCUGCAGCAUGUCCCCAUGCCCUGUGACUGGAACCAGUGGAACUGUGUGCCUCUGUGAAGUUGGUCCUGAUAUCAAGACAGUGUUGGGUGGGCCUGGGGGUGUGGUUGCAGCAGCUUAUGGGUGGACCCAGAGAAGGAAUAAACCGUAAUCAUUGGUAAAGGAGUGGGCCCUAUUUGGGCUCUGGGGAAGCAGUGAUGAAUGAUGAGCAGGACCACAACUAUCCCUGCCCUCAAAUCGCUCAUGGACUUCCCUUAGGUUCCUCAUUAUGAAGCAGGACAGCCAACACUGCAGUGGCCCCACAUUGUUUAUCUCCCAAAACUUCCAAAUUUCUGUGACUUUCUUUCAUCAGUUACAUGUUGCUCCACAUUGCUUCUCCUGGAAAACCUAGUGCAUGGGUUAGUAGAAACUUGCCAACGUUGCCAGGAGACAAUAAUAUUUUCUGAGCACUAUGGCUUGUUCUUUUCUCUGACUUUGGCCACAUUUUUAGUGAUCAGAGGGUGAACUCUCCUCAGCAGGUCUUUAGAGACUAUCCUUUCCUCUUUGAUUGCUGUUUUAUAGGUACCUUAAAUAUGUUCAACACAAAUGUGCAUGAGGUAUUAAUAUAAACACACACACACACACACACAUAUAUAUAUAUAAAUAUUUACAUGAUACAGCAGGUUAAUAUUACCAUUUCCUUUCCCCACUUCCAUUCCAUGGAAAAGGAUCUAUUAUUGUUUGUAAAGCCUGAGCUUCUAAACCCAAUCCCCCAUAGAUAAAGUUAUGUUGUGUUUUACUCCACAACUUUAAGCUAAGUGGUCCAAAAAGGGGAGGCCAUGGGGUGAUUGUAUGGAGAGGGGAAAAUGGGGGCACCAGACCCAGGAAGGUGGGUAUUUAUUGAGAAGAAACAGGGGUUAUGGGGAAGGUGAGUACAGCAUGAUUAACUCCUGUUCUUCCUGACCUCAGCACACUCUUCAGAAUGUCAAAACUUCAUGCAGUUUGGACAAUCAUCUCACGGGAGGGUGUGGUUAUUGGUGGAAUCCAUCAGCAGGGAAAUUCAUCUUGGUUGGGACAGGUUGGCUGCAAGUUUCCCAUCCCAACACUACUGGAUAAACAGCUCUCCACAGUGGCAUGGGCAGCAAAGAGAGCCCAAGAAGGAAGAUGACCACCCAGAUUAAAAAUUUGUUCCUUUCUGGUCCCGUUCAGCCUGAAAAGUAGGGAAAAGGAGCAUUCUUGCUUUUGAUAUUACUACAUCAUAAAUCCUGAGGUUAUCAAUCCUACAUUUGCAUGUUGUCAUUAAGGAUUCUUGGAGGACUUUAUUCUUCAGUGCAUGGUGCAGGGUUAUGACUUUUGCUCUAGUCCACAGCUUAGAAAAAUGGUGAAAAACAAUGCAUUACACCAAUGCUUUCAGCUUGUGAAUUCUAUCAUUCUACUUAUAAGUUGUUUAAAAAUUUCAGUUUUUAACAAUUCUCCUUAUUAAUUUGUUCCGAUUAAUAAAUGUAAUUAAACACCUUAAAAUGUUUUAAGUCGUAUGUAGAAAUUUGAUUUCUCUUUUAAGGACUUCACUUAUUAUUAAAUACUUAGUAAUUAUUAUUAUUAUUAUAUAUGAAUGAAAUAUUAUUAAAUACUUAGUAAUUCUUAUAAUUACAAUAAAACCAUAUUUUAAAAAUCACAUGUAAGAGACCAAUUUUAGAUCCAUAGAUACAAGCAUGUUGAAAGUGAAAGGAUGGAAAAAGUAUUUCAUGCAACUAGUGAACAAAAGAGAGCUGUGAUGUCUAUAUUAAUAACAGACAAAUAGACUGGAUCAAAAACUGUUACAUGAGACAAAAA